GGCUCUGGGUGUUUUGUCAGCAAGAAGUGUCAAAUUUCUGAGAUCUAGAACAAAAAAUUGAUAGUGAUGAAAGAAACUUUAUAUAAGUGUUGUUGUUAAUUAAUGGUUAAAUCAACUGUAAUUUAGUCGUUUUCUUAUUUAAUUUGUCAUAAGUUUGUAAAUAUAUUUUAGACUUGAGCUGCCGAAGGUUAGCAAAAUGGCAGCCACCAGACGAUUACAAAAAGAACUAGGGGAUAUUAGAAAUUCUGGAUUAAAAUCAUUCCGUGACAUUCAAGUGGAUGAAACGAACAUUUUAACAUGGCAAGGGCUUAUAGUUCCUGACAAUCCACCCUACAAUAAAGGAGCUUUUAAAAUAGAAAUAAAUUUUCCUGCAGAAUAUCCUUUUAAACCACCUAAAAUAAAUUUUAAAACAAAAAUUUACCAUCCAAACAUAGAUGAAAAAGGACAAGUAUGUUUACCAAUUAUAAGUGCUGAGCAUUGGAAACCUGCUACUAAAACAGAUCAAGUUAUUCAAGCUUUGGUUGCCCUCGUUAACGAACCGGAACCUGAACAUCCUCUCCGAGGAGACUUAGCAGAAGAAUAUAUUAAGGAUAAGAAAAAGUUUACGAAAAACGCUGAAGAAUAUACGAAAAAACACAGUGAGAAAAGACCCGCAGAUUAAAAAAAUUGUACAUACUUGAAUAGUGAAUAUCACUGAAUGAAAUUGCCGUGUGGUAUACAGUAUAGGGAUUCAAAUGGUGUUUUGUUAAAUUUAAACGUGUACAGGUAUCGCUUUUUUAAAGGAAUCUAGUCACUUUCUGACGUGAAGUUUAUCGGCAAUUUCACGUUACAUAGGAGGUAGAUAAUGCAUACACUGCUUUGAUGAGUUUUACUAUAUAUUUAAGAAAGUCAAUACCAAAGAGAUGUAAGCCACAUGUCAUUGUAAAAAAUAGAGAUUUUUGACAAAAUAAUCAAUUAAUCUAAAUAUUCUCUAAUUCACUUUUUCAUGACCAACCAGGUGUUAAAAGGACAGAAAUCAUCACCAGAUCAAAUCUAGAGACCGUAGUAAGUUAGAAUUGCAUUUUGCUAUCAACUGAAAACCAAACUCAUUUGUGUGUUAAUAAUGUUUAUGGGAAACUUGGAAAGUUAUGACUUACAUAAAGUUUCUCUAAUAUAUUUGAAUUUUGAGAAUGAUUCAAUAUUCUCAUGAGUAUUGAAAAGUGUGUUUUACAUCACUUUGUAUUUGGGUAUCUCACCGAUUCCUUUGUUAGUAAAACAUUUCUAAAGUAGCUUUUUAUACAGUUGACACAGUUUAAUACACUUUAUUUGAAAUUUUAUUAAAUACCCUUUAUUUUAUUGUUAUAUAUUGAAUUUUGUUAAUAUUAAGAGAGUACUGCCUUGAACAAAUAUUCAUCACAAGUAAUGAACCGAAUUGGAUUUCUCUUACUGUCCACGAUAAUUAUUGUUACGGGUUUAUUUAUCAUCUCCAAGAACAAAUUCUUCAUUUAAACUUUUUGGGCUUAUCUGGUACAAAAAAUAACAAAUUGUUAAAAUUUAAGCUGUAUAUAGUAUAAUAAACUAAAAGUGAACUCGUAAAUAUUCUUGUGUAUUUACUGGCCCAUUUGUUGAUAUAUUAAAUUAAAUAUGCUCGAAUCGCUAAUUUGUUUUUGAGUUAAUUUUUAAACCUAAAAUAUGACUUUUUACUUAAACAAAUUUAAAUAAACAAUCUCAUUCAGUGAUUUGAUUACGCAUUUUCUUUUUUACACUUAACGAUUUAUUACAAAAUUUAGGUGUUUAUUUAUUUGAUCUUUCAUGUUCUGUAUUAUUUUGUUUUGCGCGGUUUAGCAUACAGAAGUUUAGAGAUAAUUAUUUCUAUCAUACAAAACUUUUGCAUAAUAUUUAAAUAUAUUAAUAUAAUAUUCGAA